GAGCAGCAGAUUCCCUUCAUGCAGAACCGAUCCGGACCUAUGGAUGGAGUUCUGUUAUCAGAACUCGGGGUUCUGAUAACAGAACCGGGUCAGGGAGAACAGAACCAGCAGUGACCCUGCAUCAACGGUUUCGACUAGGUUCAGAACCCUCUCACUGAAUGUCAAACUCCAGUUUCGGAUUAUUUAUUUUCCAACCGGACCAGGUCCCUUAAACGUCACAUCCGGAAGUGAACACCUGAAGUUGUAAUUUGAAAGCUCAGACCGGAAGUUGUGAGGUGGCCGUGGCUGCGGGUCAGGGUUCGGGUCUUGGUGAGGCAGUAAACCCGACCGGACCGGACCUUACCUGGUUCUGGGAGGAUGGAGAUGUUCAGCAAGCUGAGCGGCAUGUUGCUGAACGCGCUGGAGACGAGGGAGCCGACCGCCGACCUGCUGGACUCCUUCAUCGACCACUGGAGGUCCAUCACCAACUACUACAUCCAGACCACAGAUGACAGCCGCCCCGCCUCUCAGACCGACAUCCCGUGGCGUCUCAGGCAGAUGACCGACAUCCUGGUGUAUGAGGAGAAGCAACAGGAGGAACCGGGUCGCUGCCUGGAGUUCCUGCUGCAGAACCGGCUGCUGGAGACGCUCUGCACCUUGGGGAAGGCUCAGUACCCUCCAGGGAUGAGCCAGCAGGUGCUGCUCUUCUUCUCCAGGCUGCUGUCUCAGAUGCAGAAGCCUCUGCUGCAGCUCGUCCCCGUCCGCACACCUGUACAGAAGCUGAUUGGCCUCUGUGCUCUUCCUGGUUCCUGCACUGAGAAGGAGGAAGCUCAGUUUUUAUUGGCUGUUUGCUCCAGAGUGUCACAGGAUCCGCACAUGCUCAGAUACAUCCUGCAACCCCCAGAUCGACUGCUAGCGUCCAAUCAGAGCACAGAUGCAGCCAGCUGCCAAUCAGAAGCCUCUGCCUCCAGCGCUGUCCAAUCAGAGCGUGGGCUGCUGUGGGUUCUGGUGCAGCUCAGCAGCAGCCAGAGGCCUGCGGUGCGUCUCAAGGCGUGUGAGGGCCUGCUGCAGCUGGCGUCCCUCCUGGAUGUUGGUCCUCCAGGGGAGCUGUGGGCUGCUGCAGCCCAGCUGGGGCAGCUGCUGGCUGGGCGACUGCAGGAGCUCUACUCCCUGCUGCCUCUGGAGGAGCUGCAGGCUUCCGAGCUCAGGAGCUGGCCCCGCCCCUCGUGGAGAUCAGAGUCUCAAGCCGAUCACAUGACCAGGUUCCUCACCUGGUUGGACUUCCUGGAUGAGCUGACGGCCGACGCUCCUCAGGCGCUCUCCCUGCAGGUGUCCCAGUGCGUCCUCCAGCGGUGGCUCAUGGAGACGCUUCGUCCUCAGCUGCUGAACGCGUGCCAGCGGAGCGUCCUGGUGUCCACAUCCGUCCUCUGCUGCGUCGUCAGACUGGUCCGGUCUCCGUCUCUGCUGGACCAGCUGCUGGAGUUCCUGCUGAGGACGCCGUCCGUGCUGCAGCUGCUGCUGCGGCACUGCGACCACGCCUCUGACCAGAUCAGCAUGGCGUCUCUGUCUCUGGUGGACGAACUGCUGCAGAAGCCUCACAGGGACAUCCUGGACACGCUGGUGCUCUGCUUCCUGGAGAGCCGCCAUUACCUGUCGUCACCUGCGGGGGGCGCCGAGGACCAGCAGCCCGACAGCGACGGCAGCAACGACGGCCAAGACCCGGAGGACGACCCGUUCUUCUCAGACGGUUUCCCUGACGACCACCUUCCUCCUCCUCGUCUUCAUCAACCUGCUGCCCCGGGCUCCGCUGCUGACAUCAUCAACAGUUUCCUGGGCCUGGUUCCGGUCCAGGUGCGGUCGGCCCACCUGCUGCAGGACGGAGGCUACGAGUCGUACGUCCUUGACGCGCGCUCCUUGGUGAGCCAGUGCCAGGCUCUCUCUCUCCGGUGGGUGUGGCCACAGACUCCUCCUCCUCCUCCCACCUGCUCCUCAGGUGAGGAGGCACACUUCUUUGAAGGCCACCUGCUGAGAGUUCUGUUUGAACGUCUGGGACGCAUGUUGCAGCAGCCGUACGAGGUGAACCUGCAGCUGACGGGCAUCCUGUCCCGUCUGUGCGCCUUCAGUCACCCGCUGCUGGACGAGUACCUGCUGGACCCAUUCAUCCACCUGUCCGCCGGCAACCGCUCGCUGUUUGCCGUCCUAGUCAGGGUGGUAGGAGAGCUGAUGGAGCGCAUCCAGGAGGUAGCCGACCUGCCGCAGCGCCUGCUGGACACCAGGAGACACAUGCUGGGUCUCCACCUGGACGCCAGACCGGAGCACCUGGCUCUACUCCAGGGCGUCAUCGUCCUGGAGGAGUUCUGCAAGGAGCUGGCGGCCAUCGCCUUUGUCAAGAUGCCUUUGGACCGGAACCACGACUGCUUCUGUUCAGGGCCCGGAUGCUUCCUGUCAUGUGACGCUACGGGAGCCUUGAGGGCCAAUAGAAGAGUUUUCCUGAGUCUCUGUAGGACGGUCCUCUGCCUGGAGGGUUCUGGCUCGGUCCGGUCCGGGCCUGUCGGUGUGAGCAGCAGAACCUUACGGCCGACCUUUGGUUGGCUCAGAGCUCAGACCCGUCGGACCGGUUCCGGGCUUGAGGCGUCUGCCUGCCUACAGCAGCACCACGCCAUCAGUGCUGCUGUAGGCAGAGACAUGCAGCGGCGGAGAGUCGAGGAGGAAGAGGAGGAGGAGUUGAAGGUCACAGCAGCAUCCUCAGCAUCCCUCCACCGAACCUACGGAACCGGGUCGAACCGAGCCGCCGCCAUGGGGAACCGGGGCAUGGAGGAGCUGAUCCCGCUGGUGAACCGCAUGCAGGACGCCUUCGCCUCCAUCGGCCAGAACGCGAACCUGGACCUGCCGCAGAUCGCCGUGGUGGGCGGCCAGAGCGCCGGCAAGAGCUCGGUGCUGGAGAACUUCGUGGGCAA